CCUUCUUGUUGCGGGAUUGACUUUGGAUGUAGAUUUUACUUAGGAAUUUGUCUGAUUGGUGUGGGUUCUUAUGGGCGGGUAAUAAUCAGUGAACCACAGUGACAGCAGUGUGCAGUUUGUGCAGAGGAGGUGGCCAAGCUGGAAAAGCACCUGAUGCUUCUCCGCCAGGAGUAUGUGAAGCUGCAGAAGAAACUGGCUGAUACGGAGAGAAGAUGCAAUCUUCUGGCUGCCCAGGCUAACCAGGACAACGCCAGCGACACUUUCAUCAGCAGACUUCUUGCCAUUGUAGCUGAGCUCUAUCAGCAGGAGCAGUACAGUGAUCUGAAGAUAAAAGUUGGGGACAAGCAUAUCAGCGCUCACAAAUUCGUCUUAGCAGCACGCAGCGAUGCUUGGAGUCUGGCCAACCUUGCCUCAACAGAGGAGCUGGAUCUGUCAGAUGCUGACCCAGAGGUAACCAUGGCAAUGCUGCGCUGGAUCUACACAGAUGAACUUGAGCUAAGAGAAGAUGAUAUCUUUUUGACAGAGCUCAUGAAACUAGCUAAUAAAUUUCAGCUCCAGCUGCUUAGGGAAAGAUGUGAAAAAGGAGUCAUGUCACUAGUUAAUGUCAGGAACUGCAUUCGUUUCUACCAGACUGCUGAGGAGCUGAAUGCUAGCACUCUUCUGAAUUAUUGUGCAGAAAUAAUUGCUAGUCACUGGGAUGACUUGCGGAAAGAAGACUUCAGUAGCAUGAGUGCUCAGUUGUUGUAUAAAAUGUUCAAGUCAAAGACAGAAUAUCCUUUGCAUAAAGCUAUUAAAGUUGAGAGAGAAGAUGUAGUCUUCUUGUAUCUCAUCGAAAUGGAUUCACAGCUUCCUGGGAAGCUCAAUGAAUUGGAUCAGAAUGGAGACCUUGCUUUGGAUUUAGCCCUCUCCCAAAGACUGGAGAGCAUUGCAACCACGCUGGUCAACUACAAGGCUGAUGUAGAUAGGGCAGACAGAAAAGGCUGGAGUCUGUUACAUAAAGCCAUUCAAAGAGGAGAUAAAUUUGCUGCAAACUUUCUCAUUAAGAAUGGUGCCCGUGUGAAUGCUGCUACGCUGGGAGACCAGGAGACUCCUCUGCACCUUGUGGCAUCAUACAGCCCUAAGAAGCAUUCACCUGAUGUCAUGGCAGAGAUGGCACAGAUAGCAGAAUCUCUCCUACAGGCAGGAGCCAAUCCAAAUAUGCAAGACAACAAAGGAAGGACCCCAUUACACAUGUCAAUUGUGGUCAGAAAUGAACCUGUAUUCAGUCAGCUUCUCCAGUGCAAACAACUAGACUUGGAGCUGAAGGAUCAUGAGGGAAGCACAGCUCUGUGGCUUGCAGUUCAGUAUAUCACUGUAUCAUCUGAUCAGUCUGUAAACCCUUUUGAGGAUGCACCUGUUGUAAAUGGAACUUCGUUUGAUGAGAACAGUUUUGCAGCAAGGUUGAUCCAACGAGGCAGCAAUACAGAUGCUCCAGACACAGUAACAGGGAACUGCUUGCUUCAGAGGGCAGCUGGUGCAGGAAAUGAGGCGGCUUCUCUCUUCCUAGCAACUCAUGGAGCAAAAGUCAACCACCAAAACAAAUGGGGGGAAACACCACUGCAUACUGCCUGUAGGCAUGGCCUGGCAAACUUGACAGCAGAACUUUUGCAACAAGGAGCCAAUCCAAACAUUCAGACUGCAGAAGUGGCACCUGGUCAAAAGGACGCAUCUUCUCCAACAGCAGAGAACGUUUAUCUGCAAACUCCCCUUCACAUGGCUAUUGCUUACAAUCACCCAGAUGUGGUAUCAGUCAUCCUGGAACAAAAAGCUAAUGCUCUUCAUGCAACCAACAACUUGCAAAUCAUUCCUGAUUUUAGUUUAAAGGACUCAAGAGACCAAACUGUGCUGGGAUUGGCACUUUGGACAGGCAUGCACACAAUAGCAGCUCAGCUGCUUGGAUCUGGAGCAUCCAUCAAUGACACGAUGUCAGACGGGCAGACUCUGCUCCAUAUGGCAAUACAGAGACAGGAUAGUAAGAGUGCACUCUUUCUGCUGGAGCAUCAGGCAGAUAUAAACGUCAGAACACAGGAUGGAGAGACUGCAUUACAGCUGGCUAUAAAAAACCAGCUCCCUCUUGUGGUUGAUGCUAUUUGUACCAGGGGAGCAGAUAUGUCUGUGCCAGAUGAAAAAGGAAAUCCUCCUUUGUGGCUUGCCUUAGAAAAUAACCUGGAAGAUAUUGCGUCAACUCUGGUGAGACAUGGCUGUGAUUCAACCUGUUGGGGGUCAGGACCAAGUGGUUGCUUACAGACUCUUCUUCACAGAGCUAUUGAUGAAAACAGUGAACAAGUAGCGUGCUUUCUUAUUCGCAGUGGCUGUGAUGUGAAUAGUCCCAGAAAGCCAGGUCCCAACGGAGAAGGAGAAGAAGAAGCUCAUGAUGGACAGACACCCCUACACCUGGCAGCCUGCUGGGGUCUAGAGGAAGUGAUUCAGUGCCUUUUGGAGUUUGGUGCCAAUGUCAAUGCUCAGGAUGCAGAAGGAAGAACUCCAAUUCAUGUUGCCAUUAGCAACCAACAUAAUGUUAUAAUUCAGCUUAUGAUUUCACAUCCAGAAAUUAAGCUAAAUGUACGUGACAGGCAAGGAAUGACUCCCUUUGCAUGUGCUAUGACCUAUAAAAAUAAUAAGGCAGCUGAAGCAAUCUUGAAGAGGGAGCCAGGAGCUGCUGAGCAGGUAGAUAAUAAAGGUCGCAAUUUUCUGCAUGUUGCAGUUCAGAACUCUGAUAUCGAGAGUGUGUUGUUCCUGAUAAGUGUACAGGCGAACGUAAACUCUCGGGUCCAGGAUGCUUCUAAGCUAACACCUCUCCACCUGGCAGUGCAAGCUGGCUCAGAGAUCAUUGUGCGUAAUCUGCUGCUUGCAGGUGCCCAGGUGAACGAACUGACAAAGCAUCGUCAGACUGCUCUUCACUUAGCAGCACAGCAAGAUUUGCCCACCAUUUGUUCAGUCCUUCUGGAGAAUGGAGUAGACUUCGCAGCUGUAGAUGAAAAUGGAAACAAUGCUCUUCAUCUGGCAGUGAUGCACGGCCGUCUGAACAAUAUCCGGGUCCUCCUCACAGAAUGCAAUGUAGAUGCUGAAGCCUUUAACAUUAGAGGCCAGUCACCAAUGCAUAUUUUGGGACAAUAUGGGAAAGACAAUGCAGCAGCCAUCUGUGACCUCUUCUUGGAGUGCAUGCCAGAGUAUCCUCUAGACAAACCUGAUGCUGAAGGAAACACAGUGCUCCUCCUGGCAUAUAUGAAGGGAAAUGCCAACUUGUGCCGUGCAAUAGUGAGAGCUGGCGCUCGUCUUGGAGUUAACAAUAAUCAGGGAGUCAAUAUCUUCAACUACCAAGUUGCUACAAAACAGCUUCUCUUCAGAUUACUGGAUAUGCUGACAAAAGAACCUCCCUGGUGUGAUGGCUCCAACUGCUACGAAUGCACUGCCAAAUUUGGAGUCACAACAAGAAAGCAUCACUGCCGACACUGUGGACGCCUGCUCUGCCAUAAGUGCUCAACGAAGGAGAUUCCUAUCAUAAAAUUUGAUCUGAACAAACCAGUUCGAGUUUGCAACAUCUGCUUUGAUGUCCUGACUCUGGGAGGAGUUUCCUAGUAUGCUGUGGAAGUAAAGGGAUUUCCAGUCUGUUCCUGACAGCAGCUCUGCUUACAAGUCCUCUGGAUAGGGAAGAGGAGGCCUAUACAUGUCUUCUGCAAUAGACUGAACAAAUUAAGGACCCUGUUAAUGAUAUAUUCUGGUGUAAAUGACUUUGUAUGACUGUAAAUGUGUUGGGCUGUGAUAGACUUCACUAGGAAUUCGAGUGGAUUGUUGAAACCAAGUGACAAAAUAAUUUAGAUCUUCUUCUAGUUGCAGUUGGGUGUGGAAGCUAAAGGCUGGUGUUUUGAAUUGACGUAAAACAGGUCUGUCCUUGAGAUGGUGCUUUGCACUGAGCAACUCUAUUAAGUCCUGUUGCUUUCAGGCUGCUUAGUAGAGAUGGCAUUAAGUUUCAGGGUAACCAGGUAUCUUUCUUUGCUUUGUCUUAAAGAUUAACUUUCCCUUUCUGUAGAGAAGACUUGUGAAGCUAGACUGAGCUGUUACAACCACUGUUCAUUUCAAGAAACUCUUCAAAAAUGGGAGUUAGUCCUAAGCAUAGCUCAAUAAUUGUGGCCUUACAACAGAAAGCUUUACAUCUGAUGCAGAGCAGUCAGAAUUGCAGAUCCACAUCUUGAUACCUCCUCAUUAGUGUUAGCAUGUUCAAGAGAAGUGCAAGACUGUUUUAGCCAGAAAAUACUCUUGCUCAUACCUGUUAGAGCUGUCAAAGCCUACUUUGUUGCACUUUCCUAUCUCCAUGACUAGUCCUUCCAAUUCAUGAAACUCGUGUAAAUGACCUUAAAUGCGCUGAAGGGCCGAAGCUUCUGCUAAAUGAAGAAACACUAAAGCUGGUUACGUAGUCUGAGUCGCCGUACAGCAAUAAAUGCUGAAGUGCAUUAUGAAUUCCAUGAGGGAGAGCGGCCCUUUCCUUUGGUUUGGAGACCCUGGUUGACUGCUGCAGGAGAGGCAGUAAGCUCAGAAGGUGCUGUGUCUCUGGGUCCAGUCAGAGCAGGAUUGCCAGCCAGUGGGAGUGUAUGUGGAGGUUUCCUGUAAUACAAAGCCUCUGUUGUUGAGGGAAGGAUUCUGAACUGGCAGUGGAGGGCCAGGCUUCUGGGUUAUGCUGCAGUAUUUUAAUCUGAGCUGGUCAUGUUCUCUUAAACAUGCUGAAUCUGUGAAAUGCUUAUGCCACAUUGUCUAGGAAACCAAUCUGCUAAUAAACAAGGUUGUGGUUUGGCAGGCAAAGGCUUCAGUCAGAAGAAAAUGUGUGUUUAAGCAGAACUGCGUGCCAUGCUAAGGCUUUCUUCAUCCUAAGAGAUCAAUCUAGUUUAGACUGAACUUGACAUUCCUCACCUCUGUUCCAUGGACUGGCACGUGUUUACUUAAAGACUGGUAAAUGGAGUGUUUGAUAUGGAGAUGAUGGUGACACACUGCUCUAAGAGUUAGAUGAGGUGAUGAACCAGACUGCUGCUUUUAUAGGGGACUUGCCUGAGGCUUUUUCUCAAUUUUGUACAAGAAAUGAUGGGGAGGGUAUAAACACUAUCAUUUGCACAGUGAGUUUCACACGGUCUCACUUGAUCUGCACUUUGAUCUUCCAAUAUGCAUAUAACUGGAAUCUCACUCUUUCAACACUAGAAAAGAGUAAUGGAUGAUGCAAUACAAAUUUCCCUUACUGUUUUAUGUCUGCUGCUGGCAUGUUCCAGUAGAAUGGCCUGUGUAAUGCAAAUGGUCUGUGUAGCACCAUUCCUAAUAUAAAUGGUACAUUUCUGGCAUAAUGUCAGUUACAUUUUAUGCUUAGAUGAAUGAGGUGGGAGAUGAUGGUGUCUGAAGCUUUUAACUGCACGCUACAGCUUGUUGGAAUAGAUUGUGGAAAGCAUUUUCUAGUCAAUGUCUUUCUGUGCUUCAAAAUAACAUUGAUUGCAAGUCUCUGGCAAUGAAGGGUAACAGACUGCUGGAGAGAGUGCAUUAGACUACCUGACUGCAGUGCACUGCAUGUUAUCAUGAUAGCUUCUCUCCUGGCUUUGAGCUGCAGACUUAAACAUUGUGGUAGAGGAGUGUCCUAGGGCUGCAGCUGGUGGACUUAAUCUAAAUUGAAAAGCUCCACAACAUUUAAGUGCUUUAGCAAUUACGUUUCACCUUUUUGGUGACUUCCCUGAUGGAAGAGUUAGGAGAACAGGGAUUCUAUUCCAACAGGAUAAGCAGCUGUUUAAAUAUUUUUUUAAAAAGUCUUAAUGAAAACUCAGUUAAACUGAACGUAAGGUUAAGACUGGCUAGCUGCUCUUUUUCUGUAAGCAGAGUAAGAAGUAGGACUGCCUGAAACUUUAGGAAGGAUCUGGGGAACUGUACUUACUGCUCCGUUUGCCCUUUCCAGCCAAUAUUCUACCAGCUUGAUCUUUCCUACUGAAGUCUGCGAGCCAAGUUCUGAAUAUGGAUAAACUAAUACACAGCCUGAGACAUUCAUUUAAAUUAAAUUCAAAGCAACUAAAUACAGCAAAUUUGAUCAUUUUUAAAGUGCCUUUGUGAUAGUUUCCUUACAGCCAACUCUACGUAGCUUUCUGCCGGGGUUAAAAGGGAAAAGCUGACAACUUGAACCAAAAUCCCCGUUCAGUCCUCAUGUAGUUCAAACUUCAGCUCGAGACGUUGGCCUCACCAAGCAGCUGGUGGGGCUCAGUCCUUUACGCACUCUGCAUAGCAUUGGUCUGAAACAUCAGAUCUCAGAUUCUUUUGGAGUUUUGCUGGCAAUGCUCCACUGCAGAGGAGAAACUGUGAAUGGAGGCACUUGGUAAUUUUGUAGUGGUCAGCACAUUUCUAUCUCCGUCAGCAAACGCGCUUCCUUUUUGUAGCAUCCUGCAGUUGUGACCAAAAACCCCACCCCUCUUCCACUGCUAUCUGUGGUAUCUAUUAACUCGAGGCUUGAGUCUGCCAAGGAUUGAACAGAAGGGUACAGAGAAAAGGUGCCCCUGGGAAGCAGUGCUGUCAGAGCAGGCUUUGGGCACUUCAGCAGGGCUGCAUGGAAAGUCUGUGAUAGUUCAUAGUGCAGCUUUUUGUUCCGAGUCUGGAUUCCUUCUGACUGUGGUCAUCCGGCACUUUUAUACAAGCACAAAAUGUGGUCUGGCUUCAGCUUCAAUGUAUGAAUCUCUUUGAAGGUGUAAUCACUGCUUUGCACCACUAAGUGGAGUGAGAAUGUUAGCGUUAAAGGUACUAACAGAGCUGCUUGCUAAAUUUGACAGAUGCCUUAAUGACUUCCUGUGCUGGAGAUCAAUGGCUCAUCCAACUUCUCACACAGUGCUUCUAAAUUAACAUGCAACGACAUGGGAGGCCCAGGCUGGAUUUUUUUCUUAGUAGGCAACUCCUUUUUUUUUCCUUUAACCAGCAGAGUUUGAAUACUGCAGCAAACUUGGUUAACUCAAAGCUUGUAUGAGCAAUUUAAACAGGUAAUUGAACCUUCUAGCCUCUGUGAAAUAGAAAAGGAAGUCUUACAACAAUGGCAUUUUAUCUGCGGUGUUUGUCUGGAGUCAUUGUAAAAAUGUAUUUUUCCAAUAUGCAUUACUUUGUUGUGUAAUAAUUCUACUUGUAAUAAAAUGCAUAACUAAAUAA